AUGAGGCGCUAUAAACUUCUUGUACUUGGCGGUAGUAAUGUAGGCAAGAAAUCAUUAACGAUUCAGUUUUGUCUGAAUCAUUUUAUCGGGAAAAACGACCCCAUAGCUGAUAAUUCAUAUAAGAAGAAUGUUGUGAUUGGUGACGAACAAUGUACUUUAGAGAUACUGUAUACACUUGGACCAGAAUACGCAAAAGUCCAUGGAGAAUGGAUAAGGGAAUAUGAAGGUUUCCUUAUUGUAUACUCAAUUUCAUCACGGUCAACAUUUGAACAGAUAGAAGAAUUACGGAAUCAAAUAAUACGGAUUAAAAAGACCGAUUCUGUUCCUAUCGUUAUUGUUGGUAACAAAUGCGAUAAAAUGACUGAACGGGAAGUUUUACGCGAAGACGGAAUGAAUAUGUCUCGAAGACUUGGAUGUGAAUUCGUCGAGACCUCGGCAAAAACGUGUGUAAAUGUUGAAAGAGCAUUUCACACUGUUGUCCGAAUGAUUCGGAGUGGUCGCGAGG